AUGAAGAUUGCUCUCUUGCUUCCGCUGCUCUCAGGCAUCGCCGCUGGUCAAUUGAUUGGCCCAGUUGGUCCUACAACUGCCCUCGAAAAGAAGACUAUCGAGUGCAACAUCUUGGACUAUGGCGGUGUUGCCGACAAUAGCACUGAUAUUGCCACUGCGCUGGAAACCGUGUUCUCUGAGUGUGUUCAGAAAACCCCAGGCAGCCGUCUCGUCGUACCGGAGGGUGACUAUUUAAUUAAACGCGGUGUCACUUUGAGCAACGCCACGAACUGGGCUUUCCAGCUUGAUGGAUUGAUUACUGCUGCGUAUGGAGGGGAUUGGGCUAUUGAGCGUGAGUUAGUCCUCCAAGGAUUUGCUGGAAGAGAUAUCAUCAAUGCCACCAUCAAUGGAGAGGGUGACCAAAAGUUUUUGUUAGAUGUCCUUGUUAUCGUCAACGCUGUGGAUUUCGAGUUCUAUUCUUCAAAUGGCAAGGGCGCUUUCCAAGGUCAGGGAUAUAUCUAUCGAAAUCUCAACAACACCGAUCGCCCUCGUCUCGUACGUUUGAUCUCUCCGACAAAUGCCUCCGUUCAUGACUUGAUCCUGGUUGAUAGUCCCAAAUUCCAUAUCAUUCUCGAUUUUGCUGUCAACGUGGAAGCCUACCAUCUCACAAUUCGGGGAGGAAACUUGGGUAGCUACGAUGGAAUUGAUGCCAUUGGCACCAAUUAUUAUAUCCACGACAAUGAGGUUACCAAUCGUGACGAGUGCGUCUCAGUGAAAAGCCCGUCUCAUCAUGCCUUGAUAGAGAAUCUGGUCUGCAACCAAGCCGGGUCUGGAAUCUCCAUCGGCAGCUUGAAUGUUUCCGCGGAGAUCUCCAACAUUGAAGCACACAACAUCAGCAUCAUCCAAGGCAACAACAUUGCUUUCAUCAAGACAUACCCCGGAGGAUCUGGAUAUGUGACCAAUGUUACAUUCACCAACUUCCGAUCCCUCGGAAGUCUGUAUGGCUUAGAUAUCAACCAAUAUUGGCAAAACACUUUCACGCCCGACACCGGAGCCGUUGCAUUGAGCAAUCUUGUGUUCAAAAACUUCUCCGGCUCCGUUGCAAAUGGCGUAACCCGCCCUCCACUCUAUCUCAUCGCGAACGACCUGACAUUCGCAACCAAUGUCACAGUCGAGGACUUCAGCGUCUGGACAGAAUCCGGAACCUCCGUUGUCAACAAGAUAAGCAAUAUCUUCGGAACUGGCGAUAACAGCUACGGUUCUCAGAACGGCAUCGCGCCCUUGAAAUCGGGCCAGUCUCCUUCUGCCUAUACCAGCACGUAUACUAUCACGGCAUCUCCUACUGGAUGGAAAGCCCCGAGUACUCCGACAUGGGCUGUGCCGAGUACUGGCUAUGGCACUGCUUCGCCUAUCCCUGUCUACAGUCCUGCUCCUCUUUGGCGGCCUGGUGGAGUGGACUAUGAUUUGCAUUAUUGGGGAAGUUUCUGA